CGUGCGCCCAUCUGACUGUCAACCGUUCGGACUAUUGUUGUUUUGAUUGUUGUUGUUCGGUUCGCCAGCCAAUUUUCUCUCCUGUGAUAACAACCGCGGCCACGCCACAAAAAAAAAACCUUCCCGCUCUCUCCCACUAGCCUCCCCAACCCCCCUCCCGUGGUGCGAUCCUCCGUGAAAGGAAGGGACACGAUGCCCCGGAACGUGGCCCCAGCGAAGAAGCAAAGCAAACGAGUCCAGCCCGCACGAAACGCCGUACAGCCGGGCCACCGUCGAUAAGAUAAGGACGCCAUCGUCUUUACAGUGUGCUUAUUGGCCACCCCCCAAGCACUCCAAGCCUCAUUUACAAUUCAAGAGUGGCUUCCCGCUUUCCCGUUCCUCACGCCACGAGCGACCGUACGAUGGUGGUCGCGGUGGUGCGGUAGCGCGCAGUCUCUCGUCCCCGGAGUGGUGGUGCGGCGUGUGACUGUAUUUUCGACCCGAGCUCUCCCCCGCCCGAGCUGACCGAUGCGCUUGGCAAACGUCUCUGCCGCCCGCUUCCCCGCUGCCCGGUGCAGCAACCGGUGCCGAUGUGUGAUAGAUUGUGCAUUCCGUAGUUGUUUUAUUUGUGUAGCUUCGAGUUAAAAGUAGAGUUGUGCCUCUAGUACCAGAACUGUACGAUUCAUUCAAUUCAUCCUAAAGAACGAACGAUCUACAUUCAUCUAAUCAACGUUCAUCGAUUCUUUAAAAAUCAUAAUGCACUGAGUUGGUCACCAAAAUAACGUCCUAAAUAACGCCGCCAAAACUAUAACGAACGUCAUAGUACGCCAGGUCGUUCAUUUUCCCCAUACAAAUAUGAACGUGAACCGUAUGACCAGGACGUUCACGAAAAGAACGACCUAUCCGUCGAAAUAAAGAACGUCCAGUACGUUCAUGAAAAGAACGUCCUACCAAUCGUAAUAAGGAUCUUCCUGGUCUGCCUAAUAAUUUUCAAGAUGCAAAACAAUUUACAAUUUGCAAUACAAUAAAACAAUUUACCAUAUUUUCUUCAACUGAAAUGAACGAAUGAAUCACGAUUCACGUUCAGUUCAUCUGAAUGAAAGAACUAGUACGUUCACGUUCAUGGAAAUGAACCGAAUUGCCCAAGCCUAGUUAAAAGUAGCCACCAUUCUUCGCCAAGACUGUUUACAUCCUGCCCCCCCACCCCCUCCCCUCCUCCUCCAUCUUCAAUUUGGUGCCAAAUAAACCGGGCUCGAACGAGCUGUUUGCCGACCGUCACGCAUACACGCGUGCGCUUCCCCGAUGAGCCAGCUGCCCGGCAUUGCCACGUGUUUCGGGCACGUGGUGCUUGCGGCCGUUACCGGCUGGUCGCUCAAGUACCUGCCCAGCCCGACCGGGGCGCCCGGCGGGCUGCCGGCCGUCUGGCUGAUGCUCUGGUGCCUGCUGGCGUACAGUGCGCUCGGCAUCGUGCGCUACAGCCAUCCGCAGCCCGGCAAAGCGCUGCGGCUGCUGUACGACCAGGCGGCACUGGUCGCGCGGGUCGGCCCCUUGCCGCUGCUGAACGCGCAGCUCUACCUCGAGCCGGAGCAGACGCUUGGCCCGGCCCUGCCGUACCGGACCGGGCUCGGGUACGCCCUGCCGCUCACCGCCCUGCUCGCCUACGGCGUGUGCAACCUGCUGCGCGAUCUGAACCGGCGCCACAUCGGCGACCACACCGCGACCGGCGUGCUGCUGCUGAAUGCCGCCGGUCUCACCCUGGUCGCGUCCAGCACGGACAACUACUGGGCGAUGGGGCUGGUCGUGUCGUACGUCUCGAAGCACUUCCUGCUGCCCGUGCUGGCCGAACGGUACCGCAUCCCGCCCGCCCUGCUGCACACGUACGGGCUGUGCUUUUACGAAAUCUUCGCGGUGAAUGCGGUGGCGGAUGUGCGGGCCGCCACGAUAUCGGUGAUCAUGUAGGGUCGAAAAAAGGUGUCGAAAAAGUCAAAACACAAACACGCGCUUGCCAAGCGCAACAAAUUUUACACAACGGCACCAGUUUAACCCAACCCCGAGCCUUACAGGCCCUAGAGCCUUACAGGCCCUAUCAUAUUGCGUUCGACCUUCACUUCUUCUUCUUCUUCUUUGGCUCAACAACCGAUGUCGGUCAAGGCCUGCCUGUACUCUCACUUGUGGGCUUUGGCUUUCAGUGACUAAUUGAUU